AUGUCCUUCAUGGUUAAGAAAUCGACCAUAUCCAUCGGUGCGCCUUGGGAAUCGUCCAUAACUACCACUACCAUCGUCGGGCGUGUAUCUCCAUACCGCCUGAAAUGUACCCCCUCUGGCAACCAUUUCACAGGCGGUAUGAGUCCCCUUGCAAAAGCCAAAUAUCAGUUCCACAUCACUCGUCCCGUGGAUCAUGAGUUAUCCGUGGAUUAUCUGGCUGGAGUCCGUAAUCUGGAAAUAUUGCAAGAGGAAGUCAGUAAAACAGGCAACCACAAAAACAUGGUGAUCGACGACUACACUGGUAAAAUGAUUCGCUUUGUAAAAAACAUAUUCACUGUUCGUGACCGCACAAUUCCUGACUCUCCUCACGGAGAGGCUGCAGAUAACGCUCCAAAGAUGGACGACGAAACAAAGAAUUGGCCAAUUCCGGAUGAGUUUGCACACGACUUUGACGGAUUGAAGUAUAGCAUGGCGGCUGAGUUGUUGCCUCUCUACCAUGAGGGUCACUUGGUAGAGCCAAGACACGCCAACCAGAUCAUAAACGGUGCAAUCGUGGAGGUACAAUUCAGCAUUCAGCACUGGCGCAUCAAAGACUUCGAUAGCUUCCAAGCCACUGCACAAAAGGUGACAGUUUUGAGGCUCGGGCCUGUUCACAUUCCAUCUAACUACAAACGCGCCAACCCGGAGGCUGAUCUUGACGAACAGCCUAAGACGAAGAAACCGCGAUAUAACGCAGAGGCCGGUUCAUCAAAGGAUGGAUAA